AUGUCCUGGUUCCGACACCUCUCCUCCAAAACGCACCGCUUCACUUCUCUCUCCCGGUUCAGCACCUCCACGGUCCCGGUUCGCCAUGCGGGUUUGGGUCCCACGAAGGCCCACGAAAAGCCCCGCGUGGUGGUGCUGGGCUCCGGGUGGGCUGGAUGCCGGCUUAUGAAGGGCCUGGACCCUAAAAUCUACGACAUCGUUUGCGUGUCCCCGCGCAACCACAUGGUGUUCACGCCUCUCUUGGCUUCCACGUGCGUCGGAACGCUCGAGUUCAGAACCGUUGCCGAACCCAUCGCCAGGAUCCAACCCACCAUUUCCCGGGAACCUGGCUCUUAUUUCUUCCUCGCCAAUUGUACUGCCAUUGAUGCUCCCAACCAUGUCGUGCAAUGUGAGUCUGUAACUGAAGGAACGCGGACAUUAGAUCCUUGGAAGUUUACUAUUUCAUAUGAUAAGCUGGUAAUUGCACUAGGUGCACAACCUACCACUUUUGGAAUUCAUGGAGUCUAUGAGCAUGCGAUUUUUCUUCGUGAAGUUUACCAUGCACAAGAAAUUCGUCGGAAGUUGCUUCUGAACUUAAUGAUGUCUGAUGUUCCAGGGAUUGGAGAAGAGGAGAAAAAGAGGCUGCUACACUGUGUGGUUGUGGGAGGCGGUCCCACUGGAGUUGAAUUCAGCGGUGAACUUAGUGAUUUUAUCGUAAGAGAUGUCCGUGAGAGAUAUUCUCAUGUGAAGGACUACAUCCACGUUACUUUAAUUGAGGCCAAUGAGAUCCUGUCUUCCUUUGAUGUCCGACUCAGGCAAUAUGCCACCAAGCAAUUGACAAAGUCAGGAGUCCAACUUGUCCGCGGCAUUGUGAAAGAUGUCAAGGAGAAGAAGAUUAUCCUAAACGAUGGCACCGAGGUUCCAUAUGGGUUGCUGGUAUGGUCUACUGGAGUUGGUCCAUCAGCUUUUGUUCAGUCUUUGGAUUUCCCUAAAUCUCAUGGUGGAAGGAUUGGCACUGAUGAGUGGCUUCGUGUUCCUACAGUAGAGGAUAUCUUCUCAAUAGGUGACUGCAGUGGAUUUUUGGAAAGUACUGGAAAACAACCGCUACCGGCUUUAGCCCAAGUAGCAGAAAGGCAAGGUAAAUAUUUAGCAAUCUUGCUAAACAAAAUAGGUAAAGCAAAUGGAGGACGUGCAAACAGUGCAAAGGACUUAGACUUUGGGGAUCAAUUUGUUUAUAAGCAUCUUGGAAGCAUGGCAUCUAUAGGGAGUUACAAGGCUCUAGUGGACCUCAGACAGAGCAAGGAGACCAAAGGGUUAUCUCUAGCAGGUUUUGUCAGCUGGUUUAUUUGGCGCUCUGCAUAUCUAACUCGUGUCAUCAGUUGGAGGAACAGGUUUUAUGUAGCUAUCAACUGGGCUACUACUUUUGUGUUUGGCCGUGAUAUAAGCAGAAUAUGA